AUGGUUCUAGAAGAAAUCAAGACAAGCCUUAUCAUGUGGUUUUCCUACGCCUUGAUUCCUUGUUUGUUUGUGGAUGGAGCGGCUGUUCUACCUGCCCCUCAGAACCUCUCUGUAUGGUCAGUCAAUAUGAAGCAUGUCUUGACAUGGAGCCCAGUCAUUGUGCCUGAAGAAAUAAUACACUACUCUGUCGAGUACCAGGGGGAGUAUGAGAGCCUGUACAUGAGCCACAUCUGGAUCCCCAGCAGCUGGUGCUCACCCACCCAAAGGCCUGAGUGUGACAUCACGGAGGACAUCACCGCCACUGUGUCAUACAGCCUCCGGGUCAGGGCCACCCUGGGCUCACUGACCUCGGCCUGGAGCACCCUGAAGCACCGCUUUAACCAAAACUCAACUAUUCUCACCCCACCUAGGAUGGAGAUCACCAUGGACGGCUUCCACCUGCUUAUUAAGCUGGAAGACCUGGGGCCCCAUUUUGAGUUCUUCGUGUCCUACUGGAGAAGGGAGCCUGGUGCCAAGGAACAUGUCAAAGUGGUGAGGCCCGGGGUCCUUCCCGUGUACCUGGAGAUGGUGGAGCCCGGGGUGGCAUACUGUGUGAAGGCCCGGACGUUCGUGAAGGCCAUUGGGCGGCACAGUGCCUUCAGCCAGCCAGAAUGUGUCAAGCUGCAAGGAGAGGCCCUGCCUCUGGCGCUGGCCCUGUUCGCCUUCGUGGGCUUCGUGCUGAUCCUGGUGGUGGCGCUGCUCUCCCUCUGGAAGAUGGGCCGGCUGCUCCGGCACUCCUGCUGCCCCGUGGUGAUGCUCCCUGACACCUUGAAAAUAACAAAUUCACCCCAGAAGUUAAUCAGCUGCAGAAAAGAAGAGGUAGAAGCCUGUGUGACUUCAGGGCUGUCUUCUGAGGAGCUGCUCAAGGCCUGGAUCUAG